CUCUCUGGAAAUAACCAAGUUAUUUCUGUCAUAUUCUCCAUCGUCGCUUAAUUUGGCUUCCGUUCAACAAAAGCUAAGUGUGUAUUAUUCGAAAUAAUGUCUAUUUGACAAAGAAUCUGGAUAUGUAAUUGAUAUUUCUUAGAUCGGAAUCAGUGAACAUGAAAAUUUGCAUACAGAAUGUUAUUUUCUGGUUGAUAUUCGCAUGUUACAACUAUUUAUGUCUGGGCGAAAGGGGUCCUGUAAAUAUUGGAAUAUUUUCCAAUGAAGAAAAUGAUAGAGAGAAACUUCCCGUUGACAGUGUUCUUCACACGAAUAACAUAAUGGAUUCGGAAAUAUUUUUCAAUCAUAUUUUUGAACUGGUAUCAACCGAUGAUACCGCUGAAGCUCAAAGGAAAGUAUGCAAAAUGACGAACGAUGGUGUAGGCGCCAUAUUUGGACCUCCUUCAAAUAUCACAUCUGCUAUGGUCGAGUCAGUGUGUGCCACACUAGAAAUUCCACAUAUUCAAACAAGUCCUAAUAAUAAGCCUUUCUCAAAAACCACCACGGUUAACUUUUACCCUGAGCCAAAACUACUAUCCAAAGGAAUCGGGACUAUUGUCAGAAGUUUGCAUUUCAAAAGUUUCGUCCUCCUUUAUGAAAAUGAUAAGCGAUUAGUUCUUCUACAGGACAUUUUGAAACUGGAAAAGAAUGAUCCUGAUGAGAUGAUUUCCACCAUCAAGUUGAAACCCUUAGGUACAGGACCUGAUUACAGAACUGUUCUAAAGGAGAUUCUUGAUAUAAGGGAAAUGAACAUAAUCUUGGAUUGUGGUCUCGAAACAACAAUGAAUGUUUUGGGACAAGCUAAAGAAAUCGGAUUACUAGAGAAAUAUUAUACAUUUUUUCUGACCUCACUGGAUGCUCAUACUUUAGACUUCGAAUUCCUGGGAAGCAAUGUAAACAUAACUACAAUCAGAAUCAUCAAUACUGAAUCUGAAGAAAUCAAUCAAAAAGUUAAAGACUGGGAGCUUAGAGAGAUGCAAAAAACUGGAAUAAAAAGGGAAAUAUCUCCUUAUGAGGUGACGACAUCCAUGGCCUUGAUGUACGACGCUGUUAAUCAUUUCGUAGAUUGUGUUAAUCGCCUUCAUGUCACUCAACACAUCACCCAGGCAGAACUUUCCUGUGAUAAUCCAGAUAUUAAAUGGGAAGGGGGUUAUAGAAUUACAAGUUACAUGAAAAUAAGAUCUCCGCCAUCUGCCUUAACGAACCCGAUCAGUUUUGACGAUAAUGGUAGAAGAACCAAUUUUACUAUUUAUUUGGUUCAAGGUUUCAGAGAGAAUGUCAUAGGAUAUUGGUAUCCUGACUUGGGAGACAAGUUCAAAUCGAAUUUUUCCGCCAAUGAUUUUGCAGCAAAAGUUGUACAAAAUUUACAGUCAGAAACAAUUAGAGUAGCUUCCAGGAUUGGAGCCCCUUAUCUUAUGUGGAAAAAAACUGAAGCGGGAGAGCAAUUAACUGGAAAUGCCAGAUUUGAAGGCUAUUCCAUGGACCUCAUUUCAGAGAUAGCUGAAUACUUGGAUUUCAAAUUCGAAUUCUAUCUCGUGGGCGAUGGACAGAUUGGUAAAUACGAUGAAACAAAAAAAGAAUGGAAUGGGCUAAUAAGGGAUAUCUUAGAUCAUAAAGCAGAUUUAGCAAUUUGUGAUCUUACCUUGAACCAUCAAAGGCAGAAAGUUGUAGAUUUCAGUCUACCAUUCAUGAGCUUAGGUAUAAGUAUACUUUACAAACAUUCCGAAGCUAAAGGGUUCAAUAUGUUCGCUUUCCUAGAACCAUUUUCACAAGAUGUAUGGGUUUAUAUGGCUACUUUGUAUCUUGCAGUAACUAUAAUCUUAUUUUUCGUCUACAGGUUGGCUCCUGACGAAUGGGAAAAUCCUCAUCCUUGUGAUGAAAAUCCAGAAGAACUGGAAAAUAUUUGGGACAUAAAAAAUUGUUUAUGGUUGACUUUAGGAUCCAUAAUGGCUCAGGGUUGUGAUUUACUACCUAAGGGUAUAUCAUCACGUUUAGCUUCGUCUAUGUGGUGGUUCUUCUCAUUGAUCAUGACCAGUUCCUAUACAGCCAAUCUGGCAGCUUUCUUAACGGCCGAAAAAUCAGGACCAACAUUAGAGAGCGCAAAAGAUCUAACUGAUCAAACUAAAAUCAAAUAUGGUUGUAUGGAUGGUGGUUCAACUCAGAGUUUUUUCAGAGAGUCCACGUUUCCACUAUAUCAGAAAAUGUGGACUCAGAUGAGUCAAAGUCAGCCUUCGGUGUUUGCCGACAGCAAUCCAGAUGGCGUAAAGAGAGUUCAGUCUACUAAAAACAAUUUGUAUGCUUUUCUCAUGGAGAGCACACAGUUAGAGUACGAGACUAUGACCAAAUGUGAAUUGAAACAAGUUGGUAGCAAUUUGGACAGCAAAUUUUAUGCUAUCGCCAUGCCAAUGGGAUCGUCUUACGUUGGUCUAAUCAAUUCAGCUGUACUCCAUUUAUCUGAGACUAACAGACUUCAAGAUCUGAAAAAAAAGUGGUGGGAAGAAAAGAGAAAUGAGACUGUUUGUGGGACCAAAAAGGAUCCCUCCGCAUCUUUAUCCUUAAUCAAUGUUGGAGGUAUUUUUGCAGUACUUUAUGUCGGAGUUGGUGUUGCACACCUGAUAGCCAUAUUCGAAUUUCUUUGGAAUGUGAGAAAUGUUUCCGUAGAAGAACAUAUAAGUUUCAAAGAUGCUCUUAAAAUAGAACUGAAAUUUGCGUUCAGCAUAUGGAUCAAGAAAAAGAAAACCAAAUGUCCCACACCUUCUGCAUCUAGUUCAUCUAGUACAAAAAGCCGAAGUAGAAGUCGAAGCAAAAGUCACAGUAAGACUAGAAGUUUAUUACGCAGUACAACUUCUCUCUUUUCCAUGAAUAGGCUGAACACGAAAGAAUCAAUUUGAAGUUAGUUAAUACUAAAAAAAAAGGUUGUGAAACAGACUCUUGAUUGAUUUCGAUUAUUUAUUUAAUAAAAUAGAUUUCAAGGUCUAAUGAUAAUAUUGUCAGAUGUUGACGAAAAUGGAAUGGUUUGUCUUCUUCAUAAAACGAAUUUGGCCAAUUCUUUCUCCCUCUGCUUGAGUUGAAGCUGAUGCAUAUGGGAAAGGAAGCAGCACCAAACAAGGCUGCAACAACUGACGAAUGGGACUCUGUUCUUUUCUGAUACCCAGGUGAAAUUUAUGGAUUGCAAAACAGCCCAGUAGCACAUUCCCACCUGAAAACAGUUAAUUUUAUUCCCCACUAUUAUUAUGCAGAUAUUAUUAAUAUUAUAAUUCCUUUAUUAAGAUGUGUUAUGCAUACACUAGCUCAAUAAAACUUUAAGUUUUAAAA